UUCCUUCUUGAAGUAGGGGCACUUCAUAAAGUCGUGGGCACCUCCUAACCAAAGUGCGGUGGGCAGGCAGCAGGGCGCGGGCGGGAGGAGAACGCGCCAACCACGCGAGUCCCGGCGCAGGUGCCGCGGGCAGCGGCGGUAACUCCGCAGCGUCCGCUCGGGAGGAGAGUUCGCGGCUGCUCUUGGGAUGCCUUGCAGAUGCAAAAUGUGUCUCUGGCCAGCAGGAGGAAGGAAGAGGAAGUGAGAGCAGCGGCAGCCGGCGGCGCAGCAGCCGGCCGACCCAGAGUGUGUAGACACGUGUGGCCGUCCACGCUGUAGGAUCCUCAGUUCCAAGGACUUUGGACUUUGUUGGGGCUCACAAUGCCGCCACCUGCGGACAUUGUCAAGGUGGCCAUAGAAUGGCCGGGAGCCUACCCCAAGCUCAUGGAAAUCGAUCAGAAAAAACCACUGUCUGCAAUAAUAAAGGAAGUCUGUGAUGGGUGGUCUCUUGCCAACCAUGAAUAUUUUGCACUGCAACAUGCUGAUAGUUCAAACUUCUACAUCACAGAAAAGAAUCGCAAUGAAAUAAAGAAUGGCACUAUCCUCCGAUUAACUACAUCUCCAGCUCAAAAUGCCCAGCAACUCCAUGAACGAAUCCAGUCGUCAAGUAUGGACGCCAAACUGGAGGCCCUGAAGGACCUGGCCAGCCUCUCCCGGGAUGUCACGUUUGCCCAGGAGUUUAUAAACCUGGAUGGCAUCUCUCUCCUCACCCAGAUGGUUGAAAGCGGCACUGAACGAUACCAGAAAUUGCAGAAGAUUAUGAAGCCCUGCUUUGGAGACAUGCUGUCCUUCACUCUGACGGCCUUUGUGGAGCUGAUGGACCAUGGCAUUGUGUCGUGGGAUACGUUUUCAGUGGCGUUUAUUAAGAAGAUAGCAAGCUUUGUGAACAAGUCAGCCAUAGACAUCUCAAUCCUGCAGCGGUCCUUGGCCAUUUUGGAGUCGAUGGUGCUCAAUAGCCAUGACCUCUACCAGAAGGUGGCGCAGGAGAUCACUAUCGGCCAACUCAUUCCUCAUCUUCAAGGAACAGACCAGGAAAUCCAAACCUAUACCAUCGCUGUGAUCAAUGCACUUUUUCUGAAGGCCCCUGAUGAGAGAAGGCAGGUUGAUGUAGAGAGCAAUGUUGACAUCCUUGAUUGUCCUCUGACUGAGAUGGCGAAUAUUUUGGCUCAGAAGCAGCUGCGCUCCAUCAUUCUAACACACGUCAUCCGAGCGCAGCGGGCCAUUAACAAUGAGAUGGCGCAUCAGCUCUAUGUUCUCCAAGUGCUCACCUUCAACCUCCUGGAAGAUAGGAUGAUGACCAAGAUGGACCCCCAGGACCAGGCUCAAAGAGACAUCAUAUUUGAACUUCGAAGAAUUGCUUUUGAUGCCGAGUCUGAGCCUAACAACAGCAGCGGCAGCAUGGAGAAGCGCAAGUCCAUGUACACUCGGGAUUAUAAAAAACUUGGCUUCAUUAAUCAUGUCAACCCUGCUAUGGAUUUUACGCAGACUCCUCCUGGAAUGUUGGCUCUAGACAAUAUGCUCUACUUUGCUAAGCACCACCAGGAUGCAUACAUCCGGAUUGUGCUUGAGAACAGUAGCCGAGAAGAUAAGCAUGAGUGUCCCUUUGGCCGCAGUAGUAUAGAGCUGACCAAGAUGCUGUGUGAGAUCUUGAAAGUGGGAGAGCUGCCUAGUGAGACCUGCAAUGACUUCCACCCGAUGUUCUUCACCCACGACAGAUCCUUUGAGGAGUUUUUCUGCAUCUGUAUCCAGCUCCUGAAUAAGACAUGGAAGGAAAUGAGGGCAACUUCUGAAGACUUCAAUAAGGUAAUGCAGGUGGUGAAGGAGCAGGUUAUGAGAGCACUUACAACCAAGCCUAGCUCCCUGGACCAGUUCAAGAGCAAACUGCAGAACCUGAGCUACACUGAGAUCCUGAAAAUCCGCCAGUCUGAGAGGAUGAACCAGGAAGAUUUCCAGUCUCGCCCUAUUUUGGAAUUAAAGGAGAAGAUCCAGCCAGAAAUCUUAGAGCUGAUCAAACAACAACGCCUGAACCGUCUGGUGGAAGGGACCUGCUUUAGGAAACUCAACGCCCGGCGGAGGCAAGACAAGUUUUGGUAUUGCCGGCUUUCUCCAAAUCACAAGGUCCUACAUUAUGGAGACUUGGAAGAAAGCCCUCAGGGAGAAGUGCCCCACGAUUCCUUGCAGGACAAAUUGCCGGUGGCAGAUAUCAAAGCUGUGGUGACGGGAAAGGACUGCCCUCACAUGAAAGAGAAAGGUGCCCUUAAACAAAACAAGGAGGUGCUUGAACUUGCUUUCUCCAUCUUGUAUGACUCAAACUGCCAACUGAACUUCAUUGCUCCUGACAAGCAUGAGUACUGUAUCUGGACGGAUGGUCUGAAUGCGCUGCUUGGGAAAGACAUGAUGAGCGACCUGACCCGGAACGACCUGGAUACUCUACUCAGCAUGGAAAUUAAGCUCCGCCUCCUGGACCUGGAAAACAUCCAGAUCCCUGAUGCGCCUCCACCAAUCCCCAAGGAGCCCAGCAACUAUGACUUCGUCUAUGACUGUAACUGAAGUGGCUGGGCUCAGACACGACCCCUCCCAAACUGGAAAAUCUAGCUAACAGGAGAGAGGAACGAAAGCAUACUCGCGCUUUGGAAUCAUCUAUUGGUAAAGGGAAGCUGCAGAUCAUCCUUCCUUUGGCGUCACCUCUAACCCUAACAGGUUUUGGCCCCUUCCACCUCCUUGGAUCUGUUUCUGGACUCACUGCUUUAGAUCACUUCCCAUCGCUGCAGUUCACUGGUGGGACAAUAGCAAAAACCACUGCUAGCAAGAGAGCCACCUGGCACCUCUAUCCUACCCCACGGCAGGCCAGUCCUUCCUUCCUUGAGUAGGAAAGCCAGCAGCCCCAGACUGCCCUCAAAUUUGCCCCAGACCACAAGAAAUGAAUACCCCAUGGUCUGUGCCUGGAAGAAAUGGCCCAGCUACUGAUGAGAAGAUAAACACCACGCCUUCCUUUCCUUUCUCUCAAGGGUCAGCUAUGUCACCAGGUUCAUUUGAGUUGAGAUCUGCUUUGGGAUCUCUCUCCCCCUUUCCUGACUUGGCCUUGCCCUGGUCCUAUUUGGUCCCAAGAGCAGCAGCAGUAGCCUCAUAGUAGUCCUCGCCAGUACUGGGUCUCCCAAACAGUCCACAGAGCCCACGCCUACUCCGCAUCUGCACUGUGACCGUGACCAGCCUCCCGCUGCCCUCCGCGCCUACCUAGUCUCGGGCUUCCUCUCCCUGCCCCGGCCCAGACCUGCCUUCCUCAUUUCCACACAUGCUCCCAGCCUCUUAGCUGAAAGCACAAAUGAAAUCAGUAGUCACACUCCAUCUCUAAUAGACUAAACCUAAAUGCCUCUAUGACGGGCUGUCACUAUCCGAGGGUUUGGUGUCACCUUCUCCUGGGGGACCUGCUGCAACACAGGUUUUCCACGGGAUGGUCAAGCUGUCAGACAUCCAAGUUUACAUCGUUGUAAUUAUUACAGGUAUUUACAAUUUGCAAGGUUUUUUUUUUUUUUGCUUUGUUUUUGUACAAAAGAGUCUAACAUUUUUUGCCAAACAGAUAUAUAUUUAAUGAAAAGAAGAGAUACAUAAAUGUGUGUACUUUCCAGUUUUUUUUUUAAUUAUUUUAAUCCCAAACAUCUUCCUGAGAAUAACAUUCCCUUAAACAUGCUGUGGAAUAAAAUUAAUCAUGAUGAGUUGGGA